UUUUGAUUAUAUGGGCCUUCAAAUCAAACUGAUUUCUUCACCUGUAGCUCCUUCUCUACCGUUGUCUCGGCUCUCUCAGCGUGAGGGUGAGCAAUCAGCACUCAGCAAUGGCGUCCAGUCUAUUUAGAACCCUAAUCAGAUCGUCCAAAUUGGGAUCAGCGGGGACCAGAAAUUUCAGCCUCGUCAGGAGUCAAAUCAGCAACCACACCGCCAAAUGGAUGCAGGAUACAAGCAAGAAAUCUCCCAUGGAGUUGAUCAAUGAAGUUCCACCCAUCAAGGUUGAGGGCAGGAUCGUUGCAUGUGAAGGAGACAUUGAUCCUGCACUUGGGCACCCAAUUGAGUUCAUAUGCCUAGACCUGGAUGAGCCAGCUAUCUGCAAGUAUUGUGGUCUUCGCUAUGUUCAAGAUCAUCACCACCACUAGAAAUCUGGAAGUGAUAAUGCAUGGGCAAGUUUCAUCCCUAUUAUCAUACCUUCAAUGAAGCCAUUUCAUUAGCAAGUUGAAUUUGUAAUGACAAUACUACUUAUCUGUUUGUUUAUCAAAAGAAUACUCGUGUGUUUCCAAAUUUAGUAAAAUAAGGAUUUGGCAUGCUAGUCAUGUGAUCUUUAGGCACGAAUGCAUAUAUGCACCCCAUUUUGGCGCCAUCAUUAUUGUUGUCAGAUUUACAUGUUGUGAUGA